ACUCCAGUUUCGAGCAGGAAGUGAACCGCUCAGUUCCCCGCGACAGCCUCUCAUCAAUACGGCUUUCAUGGCGUCGGUACCAACGCACCCCCGGUACCUCAUGGUACUCAGCAUCUUUCUCUCGUUGCUCAAAGUGUCCGCCGGGCAGAGAGGGGAGCCCCUUCUGGUAGGCCUGCAGGAGGGCAUGGUGCUGGACUGCCGGUGUCCCUGGAACGGCAGCUUCAGCAUGGUGACCUGGACCAAGAGCCCCGACAGGAACAACCCCAUCGCCAUCUUCCACCCGGUCCACGGCAUGACCUUCUCCUGGCGCUACAGCCAGCGGGUGGAGUUCCCCAGGGCGGAGACGAUGGACGGCAGCAUCGUUCUGAGGAACAUCACGCACCAGGACCUGGGGGUGUACCACUGCACCAUCACCACCUUCCCCCUGGGCUCCUGGUCCCGCGACGUGACGGUGGAGGACCAAGACGAGCCCCCCGAGGAGGAGGAACGGUUCGCCGACCCUCCUGGCCCUGCCUUCCCCCCGGCGGCCGUACAGGUGACGUCGAGGAGCGGCGACGGCGUCAGCCUCCCCUGUUCCCACGGCAACGGCGGCCACGACAACGGAACGGCGGCGGUCUUGCAGGUCAUUGUGGAGCGCUACGUCGAUGCGGGCCUGGACAUCCUGUGGAGCUCAGUGGCAUCGGGGGGGGCUUCUGGGGAGGAGGGGGAGGAGGGGGAGGGGGGGGAGGAGGAGGGGGAGGAGGGGGAGGGGGGGGCCAGGGUCAGGGUGAACUGCACGGAGGACCUUUCCGCCUGCAGCCUGAGGAUGGAGGGCGUGACCCCGGAGGAUGGAGGGCUCUACCGCUGCCGCUUCGUCACAGCCACCGGGAAGACCACCGCCAACGUGACGCUCACCGUGACCGACGCAGGUGAAUUCAGGAUGUCUGAUUAUGUGAAGUAUCUUUACAUCGGAGGGGGUGCUGCUGGCUUCCUGCUCCUUCUCUCCGUGUUCCUGGUACUACUGACCAUAUACUGGAAGAAAAAGAGACGAGAGGAAAGCAGAUUGAAAGGUCGAUCACGGAAGUACGACUGGCAACCGGCCAAUCCUGUGCCUUCGAACACCUUUCUAACGCUCCCGCUGUCCAACCAGCAGGGGGGCCUGUUGGAAACGAACAACUACGUCAGCCGCCAAAGGAAGGAGGAGCCAGUGUAUGGAAACGUGCCCUCGGCAUCGCGACUCGCACUCGCACGAAGCCACAAAGCUGCUCGUUAACUGAACGUGCGUGCGCGUGUGUGCGUGCGCGCGUGCGUGCGUGUGUGUGUGUGUGAUUAUUGGAUGUAUAAAGCAUUAAAUUGUCCUUGUGAGCAAAAACGGAGGGGAUUACAUUGCUUAAUGCUGUUUAUUAUUUUUCUACUGUGAGUUAACGUAACUAUUGCUUUGUGAUUUAUUCUACUUUAAGACCACAUAGUACUAUGUAUGUCAUUAUUGAGUAGUUUCUCAUAAAUCAUACGUUUUCCAUUUCAUUUUAUUUAUUUCUGAUUCAUGUUUUUUACGACAUGAACAACCCUAGACAGCAUAACUAUUCCUCUAUGAUUCAUUGUUUAAUUUUAUUUCGUUAUUCUGUUACGACCACAUAGCAGAACUAUUCCUCUCCAUCCAUGGUAAUCCUACGAUACCGAACGAGGCGUGUUGACUUAUCGUUCAAACAGAGGAGCUACUGUUUGUCACCUGUGGUUUGUUUCUCUGGAUGGGAGCUGGUUGUUACUCCUGCUGCUCCAGCCAUGAAUCAAAUGUCACCCGGCAGCAUGAAGAUCAUCAAGAGUUAUUAGAUAAACCUAACAUUUUUUCGCAUACAAGAAAAAGGCUAAUUAUCACAAAAUAGACAUUCAGAAGAAUUCCCUGACCCAAUGUAAUUUGAUUGUAUUGCCUAGUUAUUCGUAAAGGUUUAAACAUUAUUUAUAUGCAUGUGGUUCGCAAUAAAAGGCACACACACCAGUCUUCAUAUUACUAUGGGAAGUCUGAUUGGCAGACUAUGGCUGAAAUGUUUGAGACUAUGGAUUUGACUGUCUUUACCUUCGCUUGUUUUUCCACCAAUCGCAUCGAUGGAGGCGAGAAUCCGGACGUGGUGAUUGGUGAACACAAGCUAAGGCAGCAUUAGCUUACUGUUAGAAAAGGUUUCUGGAAGGGUUUCCCCAUAAACAUAGUGUAGACUGGGUAAUCUGUAUAAUCUAAUUAAAAUCCUCCUUAAAUCGCACAAAUGAGUGAUCUUUGUGACACCGCAUCGAAACAAGAAGUAACUCGCCCCUACUGUUUCUGGUUUUCGGUCUGGUUUCUCUGCACUGCCCCCCCCCCCUCUAUAAAAUAGGACUUCCUGAUCAGGGAUUACCUAGAAUUGAAGGGGUGAAGAAUCAUCAGGCAGCUGAUAUGACGGCCAAGAAGACGGACAUGCCAUUGGGGGAGAAUGCAUCAUAGUUAUUUAUAUAAUAUGUUACAAAAUGUUGUCGCUGUUCAUUUAAUGUUCCAUCAAUGGUGUUGACUCCUUCGAUUAAUGUUUUGUUUGGCUUGGUUGCAUGUGCAAUGAGGCACAGCUAAGACUGAAAAUAAAUAGCCUACAUUCGAUUUGACUACUGUCUACUUGUUUACCAAGCUCGAAUGAUACUAUUUUAUUUGAGCAAGGUAGAUGGGUAGGCCUACACAUUCAGCCCUAUAUCAUCUCACGUAGACUGCACAUAGCCUACAGGGAAGAAGGAAAUGAAAUGGUAUAACGGUAGCAGGCAUCUGUGAACAAUUCUGGUUAUUAAAUGUUACAUAAAAUCGAAAUAGAAAGGCCUAGCAGCUACAGCUCUGACAACCCAAUGUAAAAUAAAUAAGAAGUUUUCAUUUGA